AUGCUCGCAGGGAAGUGCUUGGGAUUCCUGUAUUCCGCGCUGUGUCUCUGGGCAUCCUUCUUCGUGUCGUUCUUUAAAGUCUCUCAGCAGGGUGAAAGCCAGAGACGCUUAUACAGAGAUCUGCUGAGAAACUACAAUCGUCUUGAGCGGCCAGUAGUGAACGACUCGCAGCCCCUGGUCGUGGAGCUCCAGCUUUCCUUGCUGCAGAUCAUUGACGUGGAUGAAAAGAACCAGGUGUUGAUCACAAAUGCUUGGCUGCAAAUGUGCUGGGUGGAUGUUUACCUGUCUUGGGAUCAGUAUGAGUACCCGGGAGUGCAGAACUUGAGAUUUCCAGCUGAUCAGAUCUGGGUGCCAGACAUUCUCCUGUACAACAGUGCUGAUGAAAGAUUUGAUGCCACGUUUCACACUAAUGUGCUGGUGAAUUACUCUGGAUCCUGUCAAUAUAUUCCACCAGGCAUUUUGAAGAGCACGUGUUACAUCGAUGUCCGCUGGUUCCCCUUUGAUGUGCAGAAGUGUGAUCUGAAGUUCGGCUCCUGGACCCACAGUGGAUGGCUACUGGAUCUGCAGAUGCUUGAGGCCGAUAUUUCUAACUACAUCUCAAAUGGAGAGUGGGAUUUAGUGGCUGUGCCGGGAAAGAGGAACGAGAUUUAUUACGAGUGCUGUAAGGAACCGUAUCCAGACGUGACCUACACGGUCACCAUGCGCCGACGCACACUCUACUACGGCUUGAACCUGCUGAUCCCCUGCGUUCUUAUCUCUGCCUUGGCCUUGCUCGUCUUCCUCUUGCCGGCUGAUUCAGGAGAGAAGAUUUCUUUAGGUAUCACUGUGCUGCUCUCCCUGACCGUGUUCAUGCUGCUCGUGGCUGAGAUCAUGCCUGCAACGUCUGACUCCGUCCCACUGAUAGCUCAAUAUUUUGCAAGCAUUAUGGUCAUCGUCGGUCUGUCUGUGGUGGUAACAGUGCUGGUUUUACAGUUUCAUCAUCAUGACCCUCAAGCAGGAAAGAUGCCCAGAUGGGUCCGCGUGGUCCUCCUCAACUGGUGCGCCUGGUUCCUGCGGAUGAGGAAGCCCGGCGAGAGCAUCAAGCCGCUCUCGUGCAAGCGCGGCUACGCCAAGCGCGCGGCGGGCGCCGAGACGCACCUCCUGCCCGGGCAGCAGUCGAGCAACGGCAGCGUCCUCGGCAGCUACCCGGGCCCGGAGAGCCCAAGGGCUCCCAAAGGCGACGCCGUGACGCUGGAGAAGAUCCUGGUGGAGGUGCAGUUCAUCGCCGCGCGCUUCAGGAGGCAGGACGAGGGCGAGGAGAUCUGCAGCGAGUGGAAGUUUGCGGCCGCCGUCAUAGACCGGCUCUGCCUGGUGGCCUUCACGCUCUUCGCCAUCGUCUGCACCUUUACGAUACUCAUGUCGGCCCCCAACUUCAUAGAGGCCGUUUCCAAGGAUUUUGCAUGAGGCUUCUCCAAGAGGAAAACGGGGAAAGGCAAAGGUAACCUGAAAGUAAAAUUUCCCGUAAUUUUGCUAGGUAAGCCAACAGAAAAGACUAAAGUGUACUUUUAUGUGCUAACACACACAGAAGGAGCUGAAAUUAGUUUCAAGAGCUAUUUUUUUUCCUGAUGUUAGUGACUCUAAUUACUGAAUAGUAUACAUGUUGAGUAUACGCGUUAUAACUUAUUUCCUAGACUACUUCCACAUGUAAUUAAGUCAUGAUCUUGUGACAAGCAGACAAGAUAGACAGGAAUUCAGAUCUACAAUAUAUUUGUUACGGGCUAACACUAGCAUCAGUGCAUUACAAAGCAUCUGGGAGAAUUUUACUAUUUUUACCUGGGUCACUACAAGCUCUUCAGUACUUUAUUGUCUUCAGUACCUUCGUGUUUUGGGGAUAUUUUCUUGUUCAUGUGGCUGUGAUACUCACUUCUCAGGUUUGACAGAUAAUCUCUUCACAGUCUUACGAUGCUGUAUUGCA